ACGACCCAGAUCGAGGUUAGGGUAAUCGAUCAAUGGUAGUUCGAGCCUGACAUCAGCGAUCCGCAUCAAAUUGAUCGAUUAAAGGGGACUCGAUCCACUACAUCGAGUUUCACCCACUCGAUCCGCGUCAUCCCUUCUUUGCAGAUUUGGCAAUCAAACGGCCUAGAUCGAGUUUCGACCACUCGAUCAAAGGUAGAGCGUGCCUGACGUCAUCGAUCCGCGUCAAUCAGAUCAAUUAAAGCCGACUCGAUCCACUUACCCCGAGUUUACCACACUCGAUCCGGGUCAUCAUUGCUUCGCUGGUUGAGCAAUCGAACGGCCUUGAUCGCUUCCUGGUACAUCGAUCUAGGGUGGAGCGCUAAGUCAUCGAUCCAGGUCUUGCAGUUCGAGUUUCCCAUCCUCGAUGCACGUGGAUCGAUUUUUUGGCAGUCGAUCUGGUACUAGUUCGAGUUUGGUGAACUCGAACUAUGUCAAACUUUGGUAGUUUGGGAAUAUUUUUAAAAAGUUAUGUGUUCUGAGAAUUAUUUUUAAUUAUUACUGUAUUUAGGGAAUUAAUCCAAUAAUUAAUUGAGGCAAAUGUCUUGGCGACGAAGAUUGUGAUCAUAGAUUCAUUCUAGCUUUUUUAUCGCUGAAGGCACAACUCUAAAUAUCUUUCUUCACGAUACAAUGUCUCGGCGAGAAAUUUCUUUGGAUUAGAAUUAUUGUUUUAGAGAAGAUUACAAUAUCUUACUCUCAUAAGAACCCCAACACCAAUAACAAAAAUAUCUAAUUUCUCUGAUAGUAGACACCAUAACUUAUUAUUGGUCUUAGUAUGCGCAACGUAACCAUGUAUUUAAUUAGAGUGUUGAUAGUAGACACUAUAGAUCGAUGAUCAACAGUUCGGUAUGACAUCUAUGGUCAACUAUAUCCAGCGGUUUCAUCAUUAUAACAAUGGUGCUCAGCCUGUCCAAUAUCCCAUGCAUCGACAAAUUAAUACAAGGAAAGGAAGAAUAAUUAGUUUGGUCAACAAAUGAUGAUCCCUCCGUUGUUGUUAAACAUGUACCGAAUGGAUUUUAUAUGGAAAAAAAACCCAAAUCUCGAUAUGGCCUCCUGCAUGUGACUCUCGUUCAUAUGCUCGCAUGGUCACCUCUGGCUAGCGGUUCAAAUAAAAUUUAGUAAUGAAACUUUAAAUAAUUUGAGUUUAAAAUUAAUCCGCCAGAUAGCUAGUUAUUGUUUUCAUUGAUUACGAUAAGUUAUUUAAAUACACCACGAGCAUUGCAUUGCAUUGCAUGUGUAUAUAUAUAUAUAUAUAUAUAUAUAUAUAUUCAUAUAUAUAUACAGUCGCUUCUGGCCAGCUAGCUAGCUGUUCCCAUCAUUCACCAUAAUAACCAAUACUUUAGGAAUUAUCUCGACGACGUACGCAGAACGCCGCAAUAUUAUAUGAUGGAAAAUCAUUUCAGAAAAAUAAAAACACGAUAUAACUAGCUAUCGACCUAGUGGGUCGGUUGGUUGUAUUCGAUUGGUUAUAUAUACGAAGCACUGCAUGCAUCCCCUUAUUUCAUAUACACCUGCCAAACUUCCCAGAGAGAGAUCUAUAGCUAGCUGGUAAGAAACAAUUAUGGCGACGGAAUUGCCCAAGUAUGUCAUGUUCCGAACGCAAUAUCAGUUCAGACACUACCUUCACUACCUAUGGAACGAGGAGGAGUUCGGCGUCAACUACAAAGGCAUGGGUUCCGUCCGAGCCGUGGAUCCGGUGAGCCCAUUCGUGAAGCUGGAGGUGGUCCCUUCCGCCGCCAACCCGGGCAGAAUCCACCUCCUCUGCUCCUACAACAACAAGUACCUGGAAGUGGUCCGCUACAGGGACACCGACCAGACGUACUACCUCUCUGCCACGGCGGACGUGGCGGUUGACGAAAUGGCCGGGCCCACGUCCACGCUGUUCACCCCUGCCUUCUCAAGUAACAGUGAAGGCGGCACCGUGGCCCUCACUCACAGCAGCACCGACCGCCGCGUGCAGAUCUCCUUGCCCUCCAGCGUCGCGGUGGCAGUCUCCAUCGGUACUCGCGAAUUCUUCAACUACUACGCUUGGGAGUCUCACCAGGAGAAGAUAAAGGCCAAGGAGGCCGAGAUCCAGAACCUGCGGCGCCAGCUGGCCGACAAUGACGAGGAGAUAGGGAACCUGAGGGGACAGGUGGCGGCGUGGGAGCUGUACGAGGAGCAGCGGAGGGCGAAACUGGAGGAGGAGAAGCUGGCUCUGCGAUCCACCGUGGCUUCCACUUGGGAGGCCUUCCAGUUCAGCGUGAGGGAAGGCAACCCUCCCGGGGCGGCCGGGAGUAGUACCCUUCAGGCCUGACUGAAACUAUAUAUCCAGUCAAACAGCUGGGCUGCCAGCUCAUCGUAUGAUCCCAUCAGAGCAUUUGGAUGGAUGAUUUCAUCCAGCUUAAUUUUUUGCUUUAUUUGAUCUUCUCGUGCAUGCAAGUUGUACUGAACAAUAAUUAAAAGCUAUCACAUUAAAGUUUGCUGGAUUCGUGUAGUAAGAUGUUUAUGUACGUACGUCGGUAGUUUCAGCGUCUUGAUUCAGUUCAGCGGCGGAUCCAGAACACAGAAGAGCACUGGGCCUCAUUUCAUUAGAAAAUUAGAACCGUAAAAAAACAUAAUGAUUAUA